AUGUGGACCAAAUUUGCCAAGCGAGCUUCUUCAACCCUAAGGAACAACUUCUUCCGCGUUAAUUCUUUAUCUCCGAGGUUUAUUGAGCCCCAAACAAGUACAAAACUAAACCCAUACCCAUGUCAGGGUUUCGCUAGAGUCGGGGUGAGUCGGUCCUCGUUUCUUUUCUACGAAGGUUUUUCUUCUCCGUCGUUGUUGGUGGUGGGAAGGGGUCACGCCACGGUUGCCGAGGCCGUUGAAUCGACGGACACCGAAGAUGAUUACGACGAGGUUCGGAAACUGUUGGAGGAAAUGGCGAAGGCGGAACAGAAGUUGGAUUGCAGCAGCUACAAAUACAAGAUGCUGAAGAGGAGGCAGAUAAAGAUGGAGACGGAGGCGUGGGAAGAUGCCGCAAGGGAGUACGAGGAGCUGCUGGAGGACAUGCGGGAGCAGAAGCUUGCUCCCAAUUUGCCUUACAUGAAGUCGCUCUUCCUUGGUUGGUUCGAGCCCCUAAAGAAUGCGAUUCUCGCCGAUCAAGAGCUUUGCAAAGGGAGCAAGUGCCGAUUGAGCCACGGUCCUUAUUUCAACCACUUGCCCGCGGACAUGAUGGCUGUGGUCACCAUGCACAAGUUGAUGGCCCUGUUGAUGACCAAUUCUAAUGGCGUGGGCACCGCCAGAGUCAUUCAAGCCGCUUGUCAAGUAGGUGAAGCUGUUGAACAUGAGGCUAGGAUAUACCAAUUUAUGAAGAGGGAGAAGAGAACUGCCCCUGAUAAAUCAUCUCAUCUUGCUCCUUCAGGACAAAGAGGAAAAGUGAGUGAAGAGAACGAGGAAAUGGAGAAAAAGCAGAACAAGCUUCGGAAAAGAGUUGCUGCUUUGAUGAAAAAACAGAAGAAGCAACAGGCGAUAGGAGUAGUUCGUGGACAAGAUGAUUGGAAACCUUGGGGGCAAGAAGCUCAAGCAAAGGUCUGUGAUGCUUGUACUUCUUAUAUUCAACCACCUGCCAAUCAGUUUGGAGAUGGUCCACCAGAUAUUCGCCCAGCAUUUCAGCAUUCCCUUAAAACACUUUCAAAUGAGUUACAGAAGGAAACUAGGAGAUAUGGUGUUAUUGAAUGCGAUCCUCUGGUUCAAAAUGGCCUUGAGAAGUCUGCAAGGCACAUGGUCAUCCCCUACAUGCCAAUGUUGGUGCCACCUAUUAACUGGACAGGGUAUGACAAAGGAGCAUACUUUUUUUUGCCAUCGUAUGUGAUGAGAAUUCAUGGAGCUAAGCAGCAACGUGAAGCAGUUAAGAGGGCUUCCAAGGGUCAACUUGAUCCUGUUUUUGAGGCCCUUAAUACCCUUGGCAAUACAAAAUGGAGGGUAAACAAAAGGGUUCUGUGUGUGAUAGAUCAAAUAUGGGCUAAUGGUGGACGCCUGGCUGACUUGGUGGAUCGUGAAGAUGUUCCCCUCCCUGAGGAACCAGAUACAGAAGAUGAAGCAGAAAUCCGAAAAUGGAAGUGGAAAGUCAAAGCUGUGAAAAAGGAGAACAAGGAGAGACAUUCACAGAGAUGUGACAUAGAACUUAAACUUGCGGUUGCACGGAAGAUGAAGGACGAAGAAGGCUUCUAUUAUCCUCACAAUCUUGAUUUUCGAGGGCGAGCUUAUCCCAUGCACCCAUAUCUGAACCAUCUUGGUUCUGAUUUAUGCCGAGGCAUACUGGAGUUUGCAGAGGGACGUCCUCUAGGAAAGUCAGGCUUGCGCUGGUUGAAAAUACAUGUUGCAAAUUUAUAUGCUGGUGGUGUCGACAAGUUAUCUUAUGAUGGCCGAAUAGCAUUUACUGAGAACCACCUGGAUGAUAUAAUUGAUUCUGCAGACAGGCCUCUUGAAGGGAAACGUUGGUGGUUGCAAGCAGAGGAUCCUUUUCAGUGCUUGGCAGCAUGCAUCAAUCUCUCUGAUGCAUUGAGAAGCCCUAAUCCUGAGACUACCAUUUCUUAUAUGCCAGUACACCAGGAUGGUUCAUGCAAUGGCUUACAACACUAUGCAGCACUUGGGCGAGACAAGUUGGGGGCUGCUGCAGUCAAUCUUGUUGGUGGAGACCAGCCUGCUGAUGUUUACUCAGGAAUUGCUGCCAGUUUGCACAAAGCUGUUUGCCAUUCGCCUUCUCCACCAUUAGCCGUUGUCACAUACUCGACACGCAAGAAUGCCGUUUUGUUCUCUGUUGCCAUACUUUUGCCAUUCGCUUUUGCAGUUGCCACCUUGUUUGUCUUUGCUUGUAGUCGCUAUUCGCUGUUAGUACUUGAAAUCAUGAAAAGGGAUGCAGAGAAGGAUCCCCAAACUAAUCCAAAUGCAUUGCAUGCUAGGCGCUUAAUCAGCCAGGUGGACCGAAAGUUGGUGAAGCAAACAGUGAUGACAUCAGUCUAUGGAGUGACUUACAUUGGGGCCAGGGACCAGAUAAAGAGGAGGCUAAAGGAGCGUUGUGCCAUUGAGGAUGAUGUAGAGCUGUUUGCUGCUUCCUGCUAUGCUGCAAAAACCACUCUCACGGCUUUAGAAGAGAUGUUUGAGGCUGCAAGGAGCAUUAUGGGUUGGCUAGGUGAUUGUGCAAAGGUGAUAGCUUCCACUAAUCAAGCAGUCCGGUGGAUCACUCCCCUUGGUCUUCCUGUAGUACAACCCUAUCGACAAUUAGGAAGACAUCUAAUCAUGGCUAAAAGGCAUAGAACAGCUUUUCCCCCAAAUUUUGUUCACUCACUUGAUGGUUCUCACAUGAUGAUGACUGCAGUUGCUUGUACAAAGGCGGGGUUGAACUUUGCAGGGGUUCAUGAUUCAUACUGGACGCAUGCAUGUGAUGUUGAUGAAAUGAACAGGAUACUAAGGGAAAAGUUUGUUGAACUCUAUGAGGCUCCAAUAUUGGAAAAUUUGUUGGAGAGCUUCCAAAAGACUUUUCCGACAUUGAACUUUCCUCCCUUACCAGAACGAGGAGACUUCAAUCUUCAAGAGGUUUUGGAGUCUACCUAUUUUUUUAACUAG